AAAAAAAAACGUCCUUUUGAUUCGUUGCAGAGAUGGAGAAGAAGAUCAGAGGAAGCCAAGAGACGGAGCUGGAGCUAAAACAGAGUAUCGAAGAUCCAUCUCCAAGAUGCGUGCUUGAAAUCCCGGUUAUGAGCUCUGAUUCCGAUAACAGCAGCAGCAGCAGCAGUUGUAGCUCGUGUUCUCCUGAUAAAUCAACGUCUCCGUUAUCAACGACUCCUACGAACGUUUCGUCGUUUUACCAAUGGAACAAGAUGAUCGAUUCCAUCAAGAAGAAAUCGAUAAGGAGAUUCUCAGUCAUUCCUCUCCUCGCCAGCUACGAGCUGACCCGUAAGAACAUGCGUCGGAAACAGCAUAAGCUGACUCCUUCUUCGGAAAACGAAUUCGAUUGUGGUCAAAUCCUCUUCGCUAAACCUUCGUGGCGUAAUUUCACCUUCGACGAGCUCGUUGCCGCCACCGACAAUUUUAAUCCCGAGAACAUGAUUGGGAAAGGAGGGCAUGCGGAGGUAUACAAAGGUGUUUUGCCGGACGGAGAGACCGUAGCGAUCAAGAAGCUGACGAGAAACGCCAAGGAAGUAGAAGAGAGAGCCAGUGAUUUCUUAUCGGAGCUUGGGAUAAUCGCACAUGUUAACCAUCCAAACGCAGCUAGGCUUCGUGGUUUCAGCAGCGAUCGCGGUUUGCAUUUUGUACUUGAGUACUCUCCUCAUGGCAGUCUCGCUUCUGUACUCUUUGGAUCUGAGGGGUGUUUGGAUUGGAAGAAACGGUAUAAAGUGGCUUUGGGUAUAGCUGAUGGUUUGAGUUAUCUUCAUAAUGACUGCCCUCGUCGGAUUAUUCACCGUGAUAUCAAAGCUUCUAACAUUUUGCUCAGUCAAGAUUACGAAGCUCAGAUUUCGGAUUUUGGACUAGCUAAGUGGCUCCCAGAGAAUUGGCCUCAUCACAUUGUUUUCCCAAUCGAAGGCACAUUCGGAUAUCUAGCUCCAGAGUACUUUAUGCACGGGAUUGUCGAUGAGAAGACAGAUGUGUUUGCGUUUGGUGUAUUGCUUUUAGAGAUCAUAACUGGUCGUCGAGCUGUUGAUACAGCUAGCAGGCAAAGCUUAGUUAUGUGGGCAAAACCUCUUUUAGAGAAGAAGAGCGUGGAAGAAAUAGUUGAUCCUCAGCUAGGAAAUGACUUUGAUGAGACCGAGAUGAAACGAGUGAUGCAAACAGCUUCCAAGUGCAUACACCAUGUAUCCACCAUGCGUCCUGACAUGAACCGGUUGGUGCAGCUGUUGCGUGGAGAUGACAGGUUAGCUGAGUUGCAACAAAAAACAGGCGGAGCAAGAACAGUGAGUCUCGACGAGUGCGACUUGGAUCACACCUCUUCCUCUUACCUUAAUGAUCUCACUCGGCAUAGACAACUCUUGAUGGAGUAAGUAAAUCAAAUCUGAUGAAAUCGAUACACAAAAGGAAAAUCCUCUAUCCAACAGAGACGAAACAAUAACAAAUUGUUUUUUUUUUUCUUUUUAUCAUGCCUAUGAUUUUGCUUCAUCUUCUCCACUGUAAAAAAUCUCCAAAAGGGAAAAAAGUUGUAUGUAUAAUUUGGCUUUUGUCUUCUAAAUUGUGGUUGUCUCUCUGUUUCUCUCUUGUAAAAGAGCUUUUAGUAAAACUUUACAAUAUUCA